GUGACGUUUCAUUCGGACGACGUCAUUCAUUCCGGCCAUUGAGGAACAGAAGCCGUAAAUUUUAUUAGAGAUUCACAAAAUGAAACGAUGAAUAAUGGAAAGGGAUUUAUCAAGAAAAACACUUGUUGAUGAGUUUUAUGAGAACGCGGAAAACAAUAGUGAUCUUGUAAGAUAUCGUAAGUUUGAAAAAACUGUUAUUGUAGAAGUGAAAAAUGAGGGCGUUAUCCCUAACAACAGACGUUGCAGAAGAAAAGGACUUUCGUACUAUCUAUCAAUGAACGGUUCUGGUGUUAAUAGUUCGACCCAAGCAAGCACCCGCAGACCCCCAAGAUUUUUAGAAAAACUUGAUAGAAACACGCAACAAAACUUCAGCAUUGAUGACGUGGAGAAAAAGAUGACUGCUUCAGAAAAACUUCAUAAAGAACAAUUAAAAGCUAAAGGAGAAACAGCUAGAAAAUUCGAAGAAAGAUAUGCAAGGCUGAAAGAGAAACGGGAACGGAAAGAAACAGAGAAAAGACAGCGUAUCGAAGAAAAACUGAAAAGAGCGGAAAUGAUCAGAAACGAGAGUAAUAGAGAAAAAAUUCCCAAAACAAUAGAUCGUAUUUUGCGAGCCCAAGAAAGAAGGGAUAUGCAACGAAGAAAAAUACUUGAUAGAAUCGAACGAAAAAUGAAAAGAGAUGAGGAAAAAAGAAACCAAUUACAAGAAAAUAAAAAAGUACCCAGCCGUUUUCAGACAGUGAAAGAAAGAUUAGAAGACAUCGAGAGACAGAUAAAUCCCGUUGAACUUAUUCUAAGUAGCCGUAAUAAUGAUAAAAUGACAAAUUAUCGGCAACACAGUCCUCAAGUAUCACCAUAAACAGAUAAAAACUGUAACCGACGAAUAAAACUGCACAACUGACGAAUAAGAUAUUGUAGAUCAUUAUACAAACCAAAUUUUAAAAAUAA